AUGUGUUUCCAUCUAGGGAGCUUACCUUCGGAUCUAAUGCAGCGGGUGAAACUCUUCCAGAGUUUCCUAUACUCAUCUGAAAGUUUCCCGCGCUCAUCCGGAAGUCCUUCGGACUUCGUCGGAUUCCAUCUGGACUUCAUUCUGAAAUUAAGGGCACAUACUCGGGUAAGGGGCACAGCGCACGAGCUGAGGCUAAGCCCUUCGGAUCCGUCUACCCUUGAGCUACGGUGGGACUUGUUUGAAGAAGACGAACCGGAAGACCAGCUUGAGCCUGAAGAUCUACCAUCUGUGUCGGGACCCGAGUUCCAGCCGAAGGAAAACACCAUGGUCAUCAUUGACAAGUCCGGAGUUCAUCGCCUCCGGCAAGCUCCGGCGAAUGACCUCGAGGAUGUUUCCACACCUUGUACCGGUAAUGCCAUGUCUCUCUCAUCUAAAGGACAUUAUAUUGACAAGGCAUGGGGCAAGGACCGAUACCGAGAGCUCAUGAGAGUCGCCCGACAGUGGAGGCAGUUGAAGACGAUGAAAUGGCAUGGCUUCGGCCAUUGUUCCGACAGCCCGAAUGCAGGAGAUCUCGCAUUAUUUUGCCCGGCAUGUCCUCAGCCUGGGAUUAAUGUGUCCUUCUCAGGGGAUGAAUCACUUGAUGAGUGGAAAUACACCCGGUCAUUUGUUAUGGAUGGAAAUUUCAAAGCUGAACACCUGCAUCCCAUGAAGCCAUUUGAUGAAGUUUGGCUGUCAGAUGGGUUGGGAUUCAUGGUGGGAAAGGACAGACAAAUGAACAUGGACUAUGCCCUUUGUGAGGCUGCCCGGCACAACAUGGAAGGCAUCACCAGGGCGGUCACCUUCUAUGAUAUCAACUGUCAAUACAACAAGCACUUUCGGGUUCGGGUGGAUCGAAGCCGAUUUCUCGAAAUGGUUCCGGAAUUGACCAUCAUUCCCGGAAUCGGGUUGUGGCACAUCCAUGGACAUCAGGACAGCUGCUAUGUCCGAUAUGCGUCGAAUUUUAUCGAAGGCAUCAGUCGGAUUGAUGGAGAGAUCAUGGAGACCCUAUGGUCACGUCUCAACCUGAUUUCCCCUGCUGCUCGGGGAAUGUCAUCCCCGCAUCGAAAGGAAUGUCUCGAUUAUCAGAUGAAUGAUUCCAAUUUCUGCAAGAUGAUCUGCAUGAAAAGGACCCUUUGCCGAAAAUACAAGCAGGCAAAGAAUGGCAUUGCCGAAAGUGAAAAGGCUUUCGACAUACUCAAUGAAGCAGCACCCGGCGAUUCAAAGACAGAGUGGCUAGCCAGCGAGAGGAUCGCUCAGUCCAGCAGAAUAAAUAAUCCUGCGGCUAUGGAUGUAUAUGAGAUUAAUAUCAAGAAGGCACCGAGCAAAAAGGAGAUUGAGCUUAGGCUACUAGAGGAGGGUAAUGCCCGAAAUGCAGCACCUGCUCGCAGGUCUGUGGCGACAUGGAUAUCAAUGGGGUUGGCGAUUGAAGAGGCUCAAAUCGCAUUGCUCAUUGAGGUCCGAAGAAUUGGUAGAAGAACUACCAAGACACAGAAGUUAGACAUCGCCCGGCAACGCGAUCGUCUCCAAGGCCAGAUAGAUGGAUUCACUCGGUCUGCUAUUACGCAUCUCGGAGAGGGAUUUGAUGCAGAUGAUGAUCCUGAAGACUUGUACUUGGACAUUCUUGAUGAUCUUGAUGAUGACUUGGCAGACUUUACCGAGACAUCUGACACAUGGGCAAACUCCCCUGAGCUCACUAUCGAUGCAGACGCUGUAUGGCAGACUGAUCUCAUUCCGCUGGAGAUGUCUCUUCGUGAAGGGCAGGCCAAUGACUCCCUUCACAACCUCCGAAUUCACUUGUGCAACAAGGCGAUUCUGUUUCGAACAACAAUUAGGCAAGCCAAAUCCCAGGCCCUGAAAACUCGAGCUUGGUCCCAGGUGACGUCGGUGCAGCAGGCAGUGUCCCUCCAUGCCAGUAUAUAUAUGAAGACGAGGAAGCAAAUGAUGCAACUGGAGCCAGGGCAAGACCAGGUUCAGAAAUACAAACCCCUGCUUCGAGAGCAACUCAAAAUCAGCACUGCCGUCGGCGAUCCAAAUGCCCGAGGUCAGCGAAACGAGUCCCUCGCUUGGUUCUGGUCAGUCGAAGUCGACCUUGGGGGUCCCGAUCACUCGUGGAAUGAGGAAUUUUACCGAGUUCAUUGGCUCCGGGCAAAGGCACUACGGGAUCGAUGGAAGGAAGAAAUGAUGUUGGUCCAAUUGGAGAUGGAUUGGACAUGUAACUUUUUCUUGUGGAAAGCAACCCAAUGGGGUGACAGGAUGCGCGAAUCAUUGGUGAAACACCUUCCGGGUCAUGCAUGCUACUCGCUUCAUAAUCCUGCAUUAACCAUGUCUGUAUUGCAUACUCCCCCAACAUCCCCUUCUAAUUCUCAGACUUCCGGCAAUGGGUUCCGACCCCUCACACUCACUCAGGCAGAUAUUGCAGCUACAAUGUCAAUGGCUGCAUCUCGCAUCCGAGCGUCCAUCUCUCAAUAUCAGAUGGAGGCUGCCCACACCCAGGAGCCAUCUGCUACUCGGAUCACGCACUUUAAAGCCGGGCUGCAAUGGGAGAUAGCUACUUUUGUGACUCCCAUCCUGCAGUACUCAGCUGCAAGGAACAUCAUUUCGGUUGUUCCGAGCCCGGUUGCUCAUAUUCUUCAGUUGAUUCCCGAGCUCACCUGGAACAUGGUUCCGGACCACAUCUUUUCAUCCCACCUAUGCCAGUUUCAAGACGUUGCAGAUCUGGGGGAUCCCUCCCGCAUUGUAUCCACCUAUGGUACUCCAUGGUGGACCGGAUCAACUGCCAUCCCGAACGAAUUAUGGCCAUGGGAUCAGGUAUUCGCUAAUUGUGUCUGUCACUACCAGCAUUGGCUAUCUGGCGUUGAGGACGAACGUCUUGUUGUUCCCGAGCAGGUGGAUGAAAGCUCGCUUGCAACACUGAAGGCACUGAGGUGGAUGAGGGAACGCCUCCUGACAGUGAUUGAGGAUCAACAAGCUGGCAUCCGUGAAAAGAUGGCAGAGAUUCAGAUGUACACCGCCGUCCUAACCAAAUUGAACCCAAGGGGACCAGAGUAGUUCUAGUCCUUCAGUUCAGAAUGUUGAAGUCUAAAUUCUG